CUCGCGUCCUGAGCUUAGCGAGCGCAGAGAGCCCCUUGCCGCGGGGACGGAGUUGAGGCUGCGGAGGACGUCGGUGCUCGGUCGUGUUUCUGGAGCUUAGAGGGGGAAUCUAUUUUUCGAGAUGGCGGAUGCUGGCUUCUUUCGCGGUACAUCUGCAGAACAAGAUAACCGAUUUAGUAAUAAAGACAAGAAGUUAAUGAAAGAGAUGAAGUUCUCUGAAAGUCUGACAAAAAAGGUGGAUAUGACUAAAGUGCGUUUAGAAGUCAUCAAGCCAUGGGUCACAGAGAAGAUCACAACUAUAUUAGGUAUUGAAGAUGAUGUCGUCAUUGAAUAUGUCUUCAAUCAGCUAGAAGCAGAAAAGAACCCAGAUCCUAGGAAAAUGCAGAUCAUGUUGACUGGUUUCCUGAAUGGUAAGAAUGCCAGAAUCUUUAUGGGAGAACUGUGGGACCUCUUGAUCUCCGCCCAAGCAAGUCCAUCGGGUAUACCCAAACAGUUCCUAGAUCAGAAGAAAGAAGAGCUGAAAAAGAAAAUGGAGGAAGAAGAGAGGCUACAAAAGAUACAAGAGGCCAGACGAGAAAGAGACAAGGAAAAGGAAAAAGAUAAAGAGAGGGACCGAGAUCGUGAUAAAGACAGAGAAAAGGAUCGCAGAGACAGGAGGAGUCGUAGCAGAGACAGAUCGUCACGUGGAUCACGAAGAGACAGGUCACGUUCUCCUCGUUCAAAGGAUGACAAGAAGGAAUCCAAAAAGGAAUCUUCAAGGUGGGACAAGAAGGAUGAAUCAAGUAAGAAUAAAGAAGAAAAGAAAGAAACUAAUGGUGAUGUUUCAGCCAAGGAAAAGUCUGCAGCUACAAAAUCCCCCAAACAGGAGCCUUCUUCACCUAAGCAGGAGGCUACAGUCAAACAGGAAAAGCCAGAGAUUUCUCCAAAGAAAGAGCGUAGUGAGAGGGACAGAGACAGAGGGGAAAGAGGACACUCAAGAGACAGAAAAAGUAGAAGAUCAAGAGGAAGAUCACCAAAGAAGGAGGAAGAUAGGAGGCGCAGAGGCUCUUCCAGAAAGCGUUCUCCUAGUCCUCGCAAGCACUCACCCAUUGUGCGCAAACGAUCACCCAGUCCUCGCAAACGAUCAGCUAGUCCACGCAAGAGAUCACCUAGUCCGAGGAAAAGGUCAGCCAGUCCUCGCAAGAGAUCUCCUAGUAUCCGUAAGCGUUCGGUUAGUCCACACAAAAGGUCGUCGUCUCCUAGGCCCAAGAUACGGAGGAGAACACGCUCUCCAAGCUCAAAUUCAGAGUCUUCCAGCAGUUCUCGAUCACGCAGUCGUUCUGCUCCAAGAAAUAAGGAAGAUGAUUUUGAGAUACAUCGCAAAGAAGACUCAGUUCUCAAAAAGCGUCAGUACAGGUCAAAUCGAGACCCAUCAAGUUCAGAAGAUGAGGGACAGGCCCGUAACUUUACUGGUGACCAUAGAGGGGCUGGGUCUCCACGGCGUAGGUCACCCCCACGUUAUAAGAGGUCUCCCUCACCACCCAGGCGGGGAAGAAGAUCACCCUCUCCUAGAUAUCGUCGCAGGUAUGUUUUCCAGAUGAUCCAAUUACCUUUUCACUGUACUCUUGCGGUACAAAACCUAGAGGCAGUAAGUACUAUUGAUUACCAAGCAAGAUUUUGCACAGGAGGUCCCAAAUCCUCGUUAGAUGUCUGUGGUCCAAAGAGGAGCCCAGAUGUGUCUAGCGUCACACUAGUCCGCAGAAAACAGUUAUAUGCACAAACCUGGAGAAUGGGUCAGAUCAUCUGCAAGCCUCAAAAAUCAGUUAGCCCAAGAGGAAGACGUUCGCCUAGUCCAAGAGGGAGGCGGUCAUCCAGUCCACGUAGACGGCCUAUGUCUCCUCCUCAGAGCAGAUAUCGCCGAUCACACUCGCGAUCACCUGUCCGUAAGAAGCAUGGCAGUGCAUCCCACUCUCCUCGCAGGGGUGGUCCUCCUCCCCCAGCAGCUGCAGACAAAAAACACAAUAUAAGCAAUGCUAGUCGACUGAUGCAGCUUGCCAACUACUCAGCAGACACAAUCAAGGAAGUCCAAUAUAAGCUUACAAAGAAGAAUGAGAAUAAUCAUCCUGCUUCCGGCUCUGACGAAUCUGAUAGUGACGACGGCAGAAUGUCCCGCAGAGUUCCUAAGAGGAGAUCACGAUCUGCAUCCGUGUCUCAGUCUCCACGGCAGAGGAGGAGAAUGGACUCAGGAUCAGUAGAUGGAUCAGAGGAAGAGGAAGAGGAUGAGGGGUCUUCAAGCAGAGAAUCAUCCCCUGUUGAAAAGAAAAAGAAGAAGAAGAAGAAGAAGCACAAGAAGAAGGAUAGCAGUAGUGAAUCUGAGGGAUCUGAAACUGAAGAAAAGAAGAAGAAAAAGAAGGAAAAAAAGAAGAAACACAAGAAACAUAAGAAGCAGAAGAAGCAUAAAAAACACAGACAUGAGGAGUCAGAGAGUGAAUCAGGAGAGAGCAUGGGAGGGGAAGAGUUGGAACGUAAGCUUCGAGAGAAGGCCCUCCUUUCCAUGAAGCGUCAAGAGAGAUCAUCUGCUGCUUCAGAGUCAGAGUAGAAAUAAAGUAGAUUUUGUACUCCCAGAUUUGCAGUGUGUAUGGCCAUACAGUGUUAAGCAGCAGUGGUGUUGUCUGUACAGAACUCCCGAGUGUGUAUGCAAAAGAGGAAUGUGUAUGGUCAUGCAAUGCCAAGCAGCUUUUGUGUUGUCAUGUACAUAAUUGUGUGUCUGAUGAAUUAUUACAGAUUAAUGUAUGAUGCAUAGAAAUGCAAGUAUUCUUAUGUUGUGAAUGAAACUGGUAAAGUACUUAGUACUUAUUUGCUGCAUAAAGAAAUAUAAGUUUUGUGAUUUUACACUUUGGUAUACAAGAAUAUCAGUGACAGGCCAAACAUUGUAUACAAAUUAAUUCUUUUUCUAAUUGGAGUCAAGUGUUCGAUAGUGUGUAAGGAAUAAGUAAAUAUUGACCUCAUGUAUGUAAAGUGCUGUAUAUGGAUAUUAUUGUACUGCAGUUUCUACUGUAAUGUUUACUUUCAUAAAACUAGAAUUAUUGCUGAGAGACUAUGAAAGUGAAAAAAAAUCCAUUUCAGCAAAAGAAACACAUUGAAAUGUAAGUGUAAUUAGAAAAUGUUAAAAAAGAGUGAACUGAUUAUAUGGUCAAGUUAGUUGGAAGUUCUCAUUUGCAGUGCUGUAUACAGUAGAAGUUAAUGAAAAUGUGUUUUAUUGUCAUAACUGUAAUGCAGUAUUAUUAUAAAGGUUUCAACCCCUGUAAUUCACUGUGACCUCAAAUUUUGUAGGUCUUUAUUUUUUAUUAUUGUUAUGCAAGUACAAGAGAAAUGUAAUUCAUUCACUUUUAGUUAUUGACUGCAUUUGUAAACCAUAUGCAAAUAGGAUGAGGUGUUUGAGUUAGGUGUAAAAAAAUAUGGUAUGGAAAAUAAAGAUUUUUUUAAUAGUAA